AUGUUUUGCGAUUUAAACGUGCCAUGGCCAGUGCAGGCACAGAGCUCCGCACCAUCCAUGUCAAAAAAAGCAAAAAAACUUGCACAGAAAGCCGCGACGUCCGAGGACAUCGUGGACGAACAACAAAAUGCGCUGGACGCAUUGUCACCGUCCGAAAAGAAACGGAUCAGCGAGAUAACGUAUGAGCUCAUGGAAAUGGGCUAUACUACCGUCGCAUACAACUAUAUUGUUCACACAAAGUAUGACCCAGCGAUUCAGAAGAACCCAUUCUCUGGCACACCUCCUUUUCCUAAACUUGACCCACGAACACGAAAGUCAUACGGGGUUGAAUCAUAUCGCGAGGGAAUCAAACAGCUGACGCGCUUGACUGUUGUGCUUGAUAAUGACCAAGCCAUUAAGUCUGGCUCUGGGUUCGUCAGUGCAAAUGCUCUUGCGCUUCAGCGAUACGACCUUCUUUCCGUAACUCCGACCACCGAGAUGGCUUUCCAACAUGCUUGCAUUACGCUCAGUGAACUGAAACCGUUUAGUGUGGACAUAAUCUCACUUGAUUUGGCAGUUGCCCCUCGAUUGCCGUUCCAUCUGAAAAGAAGCACCGUAGGUGCCGCACUCUCUAACGGCGUUGUGUUUGAAAUCACAUAUGGAGCGGCCAUCGACGCAAAAAGCUCAAGUUUGUCUUCCAAGUCAACAUCAGAGAUGUCUGAUCUAUCUGAUGCUCGACGUAAUCUCUUCAGCGGUGCGCGUGAAAUACUCCGCGUGACGAAUGGAAAAGGUGUCAUCUUGUCAAGCCAAGCUAUGGAUGCGAUGGGAUUACGUGCACCCUAUGAUGUAAUGAACCUGUACGUGAGAAGAACAACUUGA